AUGAGUUUAUAUGAUGUUCUAAGGAUUCCAAGGAACGGGUCUAAGGAGGAUGUGGAGCAUGCAUAUCGUCUCCUGGCAAGACAGUAUUACCGGCAUCAAGAUAUAAUGGACCAGGACAACUUUGCUGAGAUAAACAAAGCAUAUGCCAUCCUGAAGGAUGAUCACAAGAGGAGUUUCUAUAACAUGUUUGGAGAGCUGUCUAUUCAACUUCUGCUUCACAACAAGGAUUCAUACAUAAUCACAAGAAUAUUUGAUAGAUUCAAUAUUUUAUUGUAUCUUUUUGCAUUUGUAACAAAUCUUGUGGCGUUAUUUGCACUGCCAUUUCUAGUUGCACAUAAUACGAGUGUGAGUGCUUUUAUGAGCGUUCCGUUUGGAGUAGGAAUGGCAGCAAGCAUAGUUCCUGCAAUAAGAUCGAUUUCAUCGCUGCAUGGAGUAUGUGGAUUCGUCAAUGAACUUAAAAUCAUGACGUAUGCAUCAACGGAGGUUGUAAUUAUGAUUGUGCAUGCUUUCAAUUGCAUGCUGUAUAUAGAAGGUGUUGUGAAGAAGGGUUUGAUUAUCCCUGUAUGCAUUUUUAUUGGGAUGGAAGGAUUGUCUGUACUCAAUUCGAUAUGCUAUUGGAAACUAUGGGGGCAGACCGAUGGCUUUAGGAAGAAGGAAAUGUUGGUCCAAAAGACUUGGAAAUUGAUAUUAUUUGCUGGGCUUAUUUCACAGGCUGUUCCAUCGUUUACGAAACCCCUUUUGCUGUUGGGACACAUCGUAUGGAGCCUCUGCAGCAUAAGGUAUCCGGUGUUUAUAAAUGCAUGUGUGCUGCUUCUGCCUAUGCUCUAUCUAAGCACGUUUUCAUUGAUAUUGGCAGGCUUUCGAAGUAUUGCAAUAUACAUACCACUGGGAAUAUGCAUGGCACUGAUUGUUGCAUCUAUAGGAUUUGCAACGGCCACCAUUGUAAGUGUAAUUCCAAAGAGCAAAUAUACUAGUAAGAUAUUUGGAUUUCUUUCAUACUAUGAAGUCUGA